AUUUAAAAUGAUAUUAACAAUUUAACAAGUGCAAUGUUUAUAUUAAACCUCUUUGGUUAACUUUCAUUCAUCAUUUAUAGCAUAAGUAUAAGAAAUUCUUUCCGGUUUUUAUGUCUCCAUAAUUUCGUGAACCGUGUUGCCAGUAUUGCCAUUUCUUUGGAAUACAACGUUUUAAGGAUCAAAUCAUCAUACGACAAAUAUUAUUCAUAUAUUAUAUUCAUUAUUUUUACGUAACGAACUUUUUUGUAUUAUUAACAUAAAUAAAGAAAUCUAUUAAGAAUGAAAGUAUAGAAAGAAGUCAAUAUGGUUGGUAUUUUAAAUGAUUCGGAUAGCGAUGAUGAACUGCCGCCUGGAUGGGAAGAACGAGCUAGUCAUGAUGGAAAUGUUUAUUAUGUUAAUCAUUUCACAAAAGGCACCCAAUGGACGCAUCCUCAAACGGGUCGUAAAAAAAUUGUUGAAGGAGAAUUACCUAAUGGAUGGGAGAGAUGUAUUUCGAACGGUCAAAUAUUUUUUGUUGAUCACGCCAAUCGUAUGACGACAUAUACCGAUCCACGUUUAGCUUUUGCUACUGAAUAUAGAGAAUUAUCGCAACCUGUUAGACAGCGUUUCGAUGGGACUAGUACCGCUUUAUCUGUACUUUAUGGAAGAGAUUUACGAAAUAAAGUUGCCCUCGUUACUGGAGCUAAUACAGGAAUAGGCUUUGAAACUGCAAGAUCAUUAGCAUUGCAUGGAUGCACAGUAGUAUUUGGUUGCCGUAACAUGAAAAAAGCACAAUUAGCUAUAGAUAAGAUUUACCAUGAAAUGGAAAAUGCAUCGUGUGACUUUUUACAUUUGGAUCUAUGUUCUUUACAUAAUAUUCGAACUGCCGCUGCCAAAUUUAAACAGAAGUAUAGAGCUCUUGAUAUUCUUAUUUUAAAUGCUGGAGUUUUUGCAGUUCCUUAUACAUUGACAGAAGAUGGUUAUGAAAUGACAUUUCAAGUCAAUCAUUUAUCUCAGUUCUAUCUUACAUUACUUUUGGAACAUUCAUUACGAAGUUGUUGCAAUGCCAGAGUUGUUAUUUUAUCCAGUGAAUCGCACAGAUUUUCAUUAAUCCAGUCGAUCCAAGAUCUUCAUCCAUUGAUAUUAUCUCCUCCAGCAUAUAAAUAUUGGUCUAUGGGAGCCUAUAAUGAUUCAAAAUUGUGUAAUAUUUUAUUUGCCCAAGAGUUAGCAAGACGAUGGCCUACAGUGAGCAUAUUUAGCUGUCAUCCUGGUAAUAUGGUAUCCUCGGAUUUGUCACGAUAUUCUUGGAUGUAUAGAUUUUUAUUUGCUUUAGUUAGACCAUUUACAAAAUCUUUGCAACAAGCAGCAAGCACCACAGUAUUUUGUGCAACUGCUGCAGAAUUAGAGAGCACCACAGGUAUUUACUUUAAUAAUUGUUAUCGUUGUGAUAUAUCAAAUGCUGGUUUGGAUCCACAAUUAGCAUCACGUUUAUGGGACACCAGUCAAGAAAUGAUUAUUAAUGUUGUAAAAAGGGAUAAGCUGUGGUAUGAUUUAGCCUUAACGUGAUAAGUACAAUUGACAAAGCCAUUAUGACAAUUGGCAAGUGAAAGACUGAAAUUUAUUGCAAAACAUAAAUUGUUAUUAUAUGUUGUUGGAUAUCAGCAGUCAUUAUUUAUU